GCCUGUGGACUCACUCCCCUCACCCCUCUCAAUAUAAGCGGGCUGAGGAUUCAGUUAAAUAUCUUUGAUAGACUUGUUGGAGAGAAAUCUGUCUUUUUCAACUCUAAUCAAACUACCAUAAAACAAUGAUUCUGACAGCAGGCAUCACAGGUUUUUGGAUACUUUCCCUACUGACUCUUGAUGGUGCAGAACUUGGAGUGGGCCAAAGAAACUCCCUCAACGAGCCCGACGUCCCGUUCCCCCCUGCAUGCCCCACUGCUGAGAAUCUUGCUGCCAUAUGCCACCAUGGCCAUGGUCGUCCUAGAUACCCACCCAGCUUCUUCCCCAAAUCUGGUGCCAGUCACUUCCGCCGCUGUGGAAAUGCCAUCAACCGUUUGGAGUCAUGGUACAGCGUGUGCUGCAGCGGACAAGUUGCUCAACAAAGCAGCCACAUCCUCUGCUGUGCCCAGCAAGCGUGGCGACAAGCCCUCUCUCAAUUCUGUGUGGACGAAUAUGCCACCAUGACUGUGCCUUAUGAGUGCUGUGAGGACAGGGGAGAAGCAAGAUGGACAUGCUUCAACACUGACGUCCCAAACCCCUUUUACACCCCAACACUGGGCUACACAGCUCCUUCACUCCCCCAGGAGCCAGGAUUUACCUUCAACCUAAAUGCAUGCUAAAGGGGAAUAGGUGCACAGUAAGAUCUAAAAAUAUUGGGAAAAUGUAAAAAUAACUCUGAAGGAGUUUAUGUGCCCAGAGACUUGGGUUUUGAUAGGACAAGUUAAUCUUGAUAUAAAGCCAACUUUAUACUUUUACUCAACUUUUUAAUCACUGUUUGUUGGAAUAAUCUUCACCUCAUCGCUCAAAUUUGACUCUGUGAUUAUUUUCCAGUGUUAUUAACACAUCAUAUGCUUUGUCAACAAUA